UAGCGGCCACUCUGACUCACUUGGCCGCUCGGAGGCUGACAGAGCUGGGCUGUGUCUGGGGCUGAACACGCCUCACAUGUUCACAACCGUAACUUUUGAAUGAAACGACCGAGGGAUUACUACCGGAAAUAAGAACUCAGACCUUCGAGUAUCAAACGGCAUGGAGUCCAAACGCCAGAGUGCCCAAGGUGUGGUGAUGGAGCGCCUUGUGAACGAGCUCGGCUCUCUGCUGAAAAUGCUGGACCAUGAGACGGUCAGUCCUGCCACUGCUGAAAAGAUGGCCUCCAUACGCAACAUCCUGGACUCAGUGCAGCUGUCAGUCAAUGGAUCAGACGUGUACAUGAACAGCUGUCUCUAUGGCAACGGCACCAGCUUUGUAGAGUCUCUGUUUGAAGAUUUUGACUGUGAUUUGCACAUGCUCAGUGCAUCUCCAGUGGAGCAGAAAGAGCACAAAGAGGAAGAGGAGAAGACUCAUCCUAACAAAUCUACACCGACUGACACGCCCCCUCCUCUACCAAACACCCCACUUCCUGAUGACUACUAUGAAGAGGCUGUUCCUCUAGAUCCUGGAUCCACCCCUCAGUACUUUACAACCAACAUGAACACUUCCAGGAAUUCUGUUGAGGAUGCCUACUAUGAAGAUGCAGACAAUAACUACCCCAUCACCAGGAUUAAUGGACCUCCCAAAAACUCCUACAAUGACUCCGAUGCUCUGAGCAGCUCCUACGAGUCUUACGAAGAAGAAGAAGAAGAGGCCAAAGGGCGAGAGCAACCUCAGAGAUGGACGGCUGAGGAGAGUCCCGAUGGACCAGUCAGAGACUGCCGCAUCUGUGCUUUCCUGCUGAGAAAGAAACGCUUCGGUCAGUGGGCUAAACAGCUCGUCGUCGUCCGUGACACUAAACUCCAGUGCUAUAAGAGCAUCAAAGAGAGCACUCCCCACACAGAGCUCCCGCUGAAUCUGUGCAACGUCAUCUACGUCCCAAAGGAAGGCCGUAAAAAGAGACACGAGUUGCGCUUCUCGUUGCCUGGAGGCGAAGCUCUAGUCCUGGCUGUUCAGAGUAAAGAGCAGGCCCAGCGGUGGCUCAAGGUGGUGCAAGAUGUUGGCAGUCAAUGUAGCAACACUGAAGGACUGGAUGGAUCUACUUCUCCCAUUAUACAGAGGAAAUUAGAGCUUGAUAAGGUGCUGCAGUGUGAGCGGCAGGCAUCAGACUCAGACAGCGGGCCAACAACAGAAAACCAGCCCACAGCACAGGGUCCAGGACGGGACACCAUGGACUCACUGAACAGGGGGAAGCGCGGAGCGUUCUCAGAGCUUACGGGGUCGAUGAGCCGAGCAGCAGGGAAGAAAAUCAAUCGGAUCAUCACCUUCUCCAAACGGAAACCUCCUUUACCCGGAGAGCCUUCCUCUUCCUCUGGUCACCAUGACAACCCACGCUGUGGCUACCUCAGUGUGUGUCUGAGCGGCUCUUGGAAAGAGCGUUGGUGUGUUGUGCGAGGAGGAAGCCUGUACCUGCAGAAGGACCCCGGGGACCAGCGACCACCAGUCAUUGUGGUGCCGCUCAAAGGUGCAGAGGUGGUGACAGGAGGCCUCGGCCCAAAACAUCCCUUCUCUUUCUGCAUCCUGCAGGGAGGCAGUGAACUAGCAUCUUUAGAGGCCAGCUCCUCAGAGGAUCUCGGCCGCUGGCUGGGCGUGUUGUUUGCAGAGACCGGCAGCACUACUCUCCCUGAAGAGCUGCACUAUGACUACAUCGACGUGGACACGCUCACUGACAUCCGGCACGCUGCCAGGCACUCCUUCCUGUGGGCCACCACCACUGCUGCUUCCUCUAGCAGUGCCUCGACAGACUCCAGAACGUAUGAUGAGGUCUACGAAAGUGUGGCGGAGGAGGAAGUUGAGAGCAGGGCUGGACAGGUGAGACGUCACGCCUCCUUCUCCAGCAGGGACUCUGAAAAAACUGAACAACAGGCCGCCGUCAAGAGACACGCCUCCAAUGUAAAUCAGUAUGCACGGUAUGGGAAGACGCGUGCAGAGGAGGAUGCCAGGCGGUACUUGAUUCAGAAAGAGGAGCUGGAGAAGCAAAAGGAAGAGCUGAGACAGGCACUGAUCUCCCUCCGCAGGGAGAAGAAGGAGGUGAAGGAGGAGAUGAAGACAGUCACAGGUCAUGGUGUGGAACAGCGGUUAGCCAAGCUGGAGACACUGUGUAAACAGAAGGAGGAGGAGCGGGUGGAGCUGGAGCUCAAACUGACAGAGGUCAAAGAAAACCUGAAGAAAUCGUUGGCUAGAGGAGCGCUGGGUCCUCCCACUGACACCAAGAUCAGCGUCAAGGCACAGGGCAGUAAGGUUGAAAAGGUUUACAAUGAGACUGUGCCGAUCAACUCAGCAAGUGAGCUUCGGAAACGCCCUCCGUCUCUCUACGCCUCCUCCAAGGGGAAUGUCAUGCAGAAGGCGAAGGAGUGGGAGUCAAAGAAGGGGACCUAGACUGCGCAUAAACAGAUCGACAGAUGGAUUCAUGGAGAGGAAGAAAAAAACUGAGCUGCGACAGGAAAUUGUGUAAAAGAAGAAACAGAUGAAGAUAACUGGCACUGAGAAGGAGGAGAAGAGAAGAAGAUAAGGAUGAGGAGGAAGAGGGAAGAGUACAGACUUGGACACAGUCUUCCCUCAUCUUACCAAAGAGGAAAAAGAGGAAUCUUUGCAAGUCCAGGCAGCACUGUGCUGUCUCAACCACUGUAAAUAUGACGAGACUUUACUGGUGAACCAGUUCAGUAUUAAUGUGGAUCACUAUGAACAUGAUAUAUAUGUUUGUGUGAGUUUGCAUGUGUGUUUACAUUUGCACAGGGCUGCAGAAAGUGAAAAUGUGGUUGUUUCAUAGAAAUGCAUCACAGAGGGAGAGUGUGGUUCAUCAACACUGUGAGUUCAGAGUAACAGGCAACACUUCCACUGAUUUUAUUCCUUUUAUACAGGAUGCUUGUCAAUGUAAAGUGAAAAAAACUAAACUAUAGAAUUAUUAUUAUUACCUUAAGUUAUCUUUAUUAGUGAGAAAAGUAUCCCACGUCUUGUGAAGUGUUUUUAAAAUAUCAGGAAAGCAUAUUGAGUAUGACACUGUUCUUGAAACCAGUGGGUAAAUGUUUAUUAUUGCAAUGUGAAACUAUUGGUUUUUAACCAUUAUAUGUGAUUUUGUUCUUUCAUAUUGCCUUUUGCACUUUAUCUUGUUGUAUAUUGUGGUUAAGCAAAUGUCUUGGAAAUUAGCCUUAGCACCCCACUUCAGAAUUGUGAGGAUAAAUGCCUGUGUCUGCUCUCUCUGUUCGUCACAGAAAUAUGAACACACACAUGUUGGAGUAAAUGAUGACUUUAUCAAGACAUGUUUGUUUGGCCUGGUGCUUCUCCCAGGAUAAGUUUACUGCAAGAAACCAAAGAACUCUGAACUAUAAGCGCCAUCUAGUGGCGAUAUUAAAUUAAGAUACUGCAUUGGGUGGACAAAUUGAAUAAUAUACAAGAAAUCAGUUUGUACUAAGUGAUAUAAGUAAAAUACUUCCAAAAAUUUUUAGUUUUCUGAUAUGUUCAUCCACGCUAUCCACAUUUUUCGUCAGGUGCAGCGUCUAUAUUUCCUUUCAUGCACUGCAUUGUAAAGACAACACACCCAAAAACAGUUUUAAUUAUGCACACUGACUGUAAGAGCAGGUGCAGAUUAUUUGUUGUCAUGGUAAUGGAAAUAUGUAAAUGCUAUCUCAUUUAGCCAUAUGUUUUACAUGCAAAUACAUUACAUGUGUCACAUUAUGUGAGUGAGCUUAUAUCUGAUUGGAUGCUGUAGGAUAGGUAGAGCCACAGGAAUUGCACCAGGUGGGUGUCUCCUCCCACUCACUGAGUGUGGCACGUGGGAGCGCAGACCGCAGAGAGAAAUGUUUGGUAUGGGAGUUACAACGCUGAAAAAUAUGUCUCGGAGCAAAAUCUGUCGUGUGACAAAUACGUGUUUUGAAUUUUGGCAGGGAUGACAAAUAUUGUCCUUCAAAACAUGUUUUUACUAAGAAUUGUUUGUGUAACGCGAGCCGGAAAUAACCCUGCCCACUGGGAAAAUGACCAACAUGAGUAAGUAGAUUUCUUUAAAUACACUUUGCCACUGUGAACACAGUACAGCCUCAAAACCUGAUAUAUGAUAUUUGGUAUUUAAUGUGUAUUUCAAACGUGUAAGAACAAAAAAAGACAUGAACAUACAAACAAGCAGACAGACAAUUAAUACUUAGAAAUAAUGAAAAGCAAUUGUCAGUGUGUAGUUACUUUGAUUUACACUUUCGAAAAGGAGUGAGAGGAAGUAUAAACUUAUUAAAUUCCACCCCUUCUCCAUAAGUCACUGACUGAAAUAAAACAGACAGCUUCCUCAUAUAGAUAAACCCAUAACUUAGACUUUUCUAAAUAUACCAGUUAUUACCUUUUAACUUUGUCACACAAGAAUAACCCAUAGGCCUAUGUAUAUAAAAGUAAGUACCAAAUAUCAAUCUUACAAAAACCUAUCUUAGUAAAUAAUAUGAAUUACCAAUUAUCUGACUUACAAAUAGUAACCAGUCCCAAGUGUAUGAUAGAUUUUAAUACCAACUGUCUUUGCAUUACAAAAAUAAAUAUGAACAUUAACAUUACAGAUAUAUAUCUUCAUCAACUUGUCCUGCUAUCUUUUUCUAUUUAAAUAAGCGAGCAUAUGAAUUAUACAAAGUGUGAAUAAACCUGAUCAUAACUAAUGAAAUAUCACAAAGUGAGAGGAGUUCUCCUUCAUCCUCUGUACGGACUGAUACAAAACCAUACUUGAGAAAUUAAAGGGUCAGUUCAAUCAAAUUAAACAAAAAAAAAUGUUCUCUCACUUACCCCAUAGGACAUGGCCAAACUGACAGUUUAAACUUAUUUAUGGUGCACUGCAUUAAUAAAAUCAGGUACGUUUCUGUCAAGCGUCAGUGUCCAGGGCCGUCACAACCAGACAGGCAAACUAGGCAAUUGCCUAGGGCCCCAAA